AGCAGUUCAGAGACGGAGCCCAGUCGUUGCACCGAAUCUGUCGAGCCUCUUCCUUCCCCGACGAUGGAAGGGCGCCCACCCUUGGCCGCACCGACAACAGUUUCUCAAGAAGAGAAAGAAGAGCACGAGAAAGUGUUGGGGGAUAGGCAGGAAGCGGAGAUACACUCUUUGCGGCAAGAGCUGUCGGAGGCAAAGAAGUCAUUGGCGAUGAAGGGAGAAGAGGUGGCUGCGGCUGUGCUGGAGGCGCGGCAGCAGGCUGCGAUGAGAGCCGUGGCAGAAAGUUGUGUUGAGGGUUUGCAGGCGACACUUGGGCGAAAGGCGGAGGCCAACGCAAGGGCAGCUCGUGAGCACGUGGUGGCGAGACGGGCCGCAAAGGCCAGGGAUAUGGCGAACCUUAAAAUAGCAAUUCAACAAGAUAUGGUCAAUGAGCUUCACAAGUUGCAGUGCGAGGUGAGAAAACAGCGGCAGGAGGAAAAAAAGUUGCACGGCACCAAAGACACAGAGUUGUCUAAAUGCUCUGGCGAGCGCAGCCGAGAACCUGUUGGCGUGGACAAAGCUUGCCAGUCGGAUGAUACGAUCGCAUCGUCUUCCAAGGAAGAGGGCGUAAUGAUGGAAAGCGACAUUCUCAAUAGAGUGGGCGCUGCGUGCUCGGCCUGUGGAGUUGAUCUGACAGACUCCGGUGCCGACGGGAGCAGCAUCGUAGCAUCUCCUAAGGUGACGGUGGUCUUGGAGGAUGAAGCAGAGAAACGAGUCUCGGCGGCGUUGGCGUCGGCGGCAAUGGCUCAAGUGGGAGCCACCGCGUGGGCUUCCGCUUUCUCUGCAGCCAGGUGCUUGUUUCACGCUGCGUUGGCCUCUCUUUGCGAGCAAGCAGACUGUUUGUUUGGCGCAGACGCAAAAGGGAACGGGCGGCAGGCGCUCGUGCUGUCGCCCUUGGUGGGAUUAACGACCGCGCUGAGAGACGAGGCGAGCAGCGCUAUGGUCCCGUGGGCGCCCAGCGAGGCGGAGGCUGACGCUGCGGCUGCGAUGGAGGUGUUGCGAGAUGAUGUUGAGUCAUCCGUGAAACGUAUCCAAUCUGCGUUGGCGGAUCACUCGGAGCGGACGGCGGCACUGUCGCUGGCUUUGACCAUGGCAACCGUAGGCUCGCAGACCACAGCAGAAUCGCCGACUGAUUCUGCAAUAACGGUAUCCCGGACCACUACAGGGUCGCAAACCACCGCCAAGGCCGCAUUACCACGGGCCACAUUGGGCUCUCAAACUGACGAGGUAGGCAUCAUGGAAUUGAAGGUGGGUCAGCGACAUAAUGUUGGUGUGCAGACGGGCUAUCUCGGCGGUCGGAGACCAGAAACUGCUCCUGGCGCCGGCGGAAGGGGUGGGGCACCAGCAUGGGAAGGUGGCAUGGAAAGUCGAUGUAGGGAGGGAGAAACGUAUGAUGGCGACCGAUUGUGGCGGCCCAAGUCAGAAGAUCACGCCCGAAUGGACGAGCUAGAGUUAAAGGCGGGCGCGCUUAGCGCCGCGCUGCAGCGAUCAGAGAAGGAGAAAAGCAGUCUGGAGCGGUCGUUGACACGACGUUUCAAGCGCGAGAAGGCUAUGCAGCUCAAGAAGCAGCGAGAUAAGUACGAGGCAGACAUUGGUGCGCUGCAUGCGUCCACAAUGGCACUGCUUCAGGAUUUCCCAAUCAACACUGCAGCUUGACCGUGCUCAGGCGGAACAAAGGGACUCAUUUGACCCGUUUCACAGGCUGCUGGUAUCGGUUGCGCGUGGGUGUGAUACAGGGGCCGUCUCUGUUGUGUCUUGUUUGUACGUUGUGCGCCUCCAAGUGUUGCCUCUAUCUUGGGCGGGGCGCAUCGUGGCCCGCAGCUAGCUUUUUUUUCGGAGGGUGCCAGUUGGGCGAGAGGGAUUUUCGCGCUUGUUUUGUCUUUCCUGCAAUUCGUCGCCAUGGGGCUGUGUCGUCUUGUGAUUCGGUGCGAAGGGCAUUCGUUUAACGUAUUUACUUUACCCAUGUUAAGCAGUGUAGACGAGCACGCGGGGCAUGUCAAUGUGAUGUAUCUGUGUGGAGUUUGUGCCUGUGUAAUGCUCCCAGUCAGUUUUCUUCGUGCGUGUGCCACUCCGUUACGUCCGAUAGCACGCACCGGAACAAAUACGUUUUAGUGGGAAACCUGUGAGAUGCUCCCAAGAUCAUUUUGCUAGAAUGUGUAUACACUCCGUGCAGGGUCUGAUAGCACGCACCGGAACACGUACGUUUAGACUCAAAUUACGAUGAAUGUAGCCUUGAAGGGCGUGUUGAACGGAUAUCAUUUUUCUUGUAAAUCACCAUUUAGCCGUACCAUACACACACCCCAAAUCGUGCCACGUUCGAUACUUUCGGUGGUGUGCCAUCUAGGUAGACUCGCUCGCCGCGCCGGUUGGUGUUUAUCGAGGAGAAGAAACCUCACAAAUCGUGGAAGAGGAAAAAUAUGAUAUUUUCGGGGGUCUCAGAAUUGGCUCUGUUGGCCGGGAAAAAUAUAUGAACAUCGGCAGCUACG